AUGAAGUCUGCUGCAGUUGUUCUUAUGGGCUCAUUGUCUACCAUUGUUGCUGGACAUGGCUACCUUGUCACGCCAGACAGCCGGACCAAGCUCGGAUUUGAGGCUGGAAUUGACACAUGUCCUGAGUGCACCAUCCUCGAGCCCGUUUCCUCUUGGCCCGAUCUUGACGUAGCGCCAGUUGGCCGCAGCGGACCCUGCGGCUACAAUGCCCGUGUGAGCGUCGACUACAAUCAACCUGGCAGCGACUGGGGUAAAGAUGUGGUCAAUACUUACAAAGCUGGUGAUGUCAUUGACGUCGUGUGGUGUGUUGACCACAACGGUGAUCAUGGUGGCAUGUUCAGCUACCGUAUCUGCCAAGAUCAAGCUAUCGUGGACAAAUUCCUGGAUGCGGACUACCUGCCCACUGACGAAGAGAAGCAGGCGGCCGAGGCCUGCUUCGACGAAGGUCUUCUUGAAUGCACCGGUGUCGAUGGACAGACCUGCGGCUACAGUGCUGACUGUGGUGAGGACGAAGCUUGCCACCGCAAUGACUGGUUCACUUGUAACGGCUUUGAUGAUACCAAGUGCCAAGGUGUCGACAAUUCUGAGCUUGGCUCCUGCAAGACAACAAUCGCUGGCGGUUAUACUGUCUCGAAGAAAAUCAAGAUUCCGGAGUACGUCUCAAACCACACUUUGCUUUCUUGGAAGUGGAACUCUUUCCAAACUGGUCAGAUCUAUCUCUCCUGUUCCGACAUUGCUAUCCAGUAA